AUGGAAUAUGUAGAUUCUGAAAGUUCAGGUUUUCUAAAUCCAAAUCUAAAUUUAAAUAAUAGCUUUGACAGUUUAGAUAGGAAUAAUAAAUUAAGUAUACAAAUGAAAUCCUUCAGUAUUAAAGCCAAAGCUCAAUAUAUAAACUAUAUUAAAGGAAAGCUUGGCUUAAUUAGUCCUAAACCUACCCGAUCCAUUCCUGUUACUUAUAAUGAAGUACAAUUACAAUUAGCUAAAAGUUUAUUGAAGAAAGAAGAAGUAGUAUUCAUGAUCAAAACAUUAGUCAAAUCCCUAAAUAAAGCCAAAUGA